AUGAAUUUAAAUAAAACAUUAUUUAAAAGAGUUUAUGCAUUAUGUUUUUCACUCUUAAUGAUAAUAGUUUCAUAUAAUAAUUUUUAUAAUAAUUUCCUUGGUAAUCCAGGUGUUUAUUUCUAUCAUAAAGAUAUUGAAAGAGCAACUUAUGGGAACUAUUAUAAUAAUGACGCAAAAUAUCAUAACAAUUCCAAUAAAUUUAAUGUGGAUAAUGAUGAUCCAUACAAACAUACAAAUAUUGAAGGUGAAGGAGUUAUAACUCGAGAUGCUAUUAAAGAAUUAAACAUUUCAAAUGAUCAAUAUUUUUAUUUUAAAUAUAUUGGAAGAGUUGAUACGAGAAAAUUAGAUCGUGAUACAAUUAUUAGAUGUAAAGGAUUAGAUGAUAAAUUUUACUACAUAGUAAGGAAACCAUAUUACCCAAACCAAAAACUUGAUAUGGAGAUAUGGAGUGAUUAUAUCGUUGAUUUUGAAGCACCAAAAAAGAAGCUAUCAUCUAGAAAUGUGCCAAGAACAUUGAUAUCGAUGGAACCUCAACCCAAUAGAACUUGUGAAUUUGAUAAGGACUGUUUUGAAUUUUUCAAUUUUAAAGUUUCAUUCGAAUCUCAAUCUGAUAUAAGAAUGGGAUUUGAUACACCAUCAUCAAGUGCAUACAAAUUGUAUAAUAAAUUAACAAUUGAUGAAAUUGCUAAAAUUCAAACUCAAUUCAAAUUGGAAUAUCAAGUAAUGAAACACAACAAUACUUUACAACCUCACCAGAAAUCGAUACCAUUGGCCAAUUGGUUUUGUACAAAUUGUAAUUCUCAUUCGAAUCGUAAUGAAUAUGUUCAGGAAUUAAUGAAAUUCAUUGUGGUGGAUUCUUUUGGUAAAUGUUUGAAAAACAUGCCAACUUCUAAUUUCCUAAGUAGAGGUUCUGGUGACCCAUUCGAAAGAAAGAGACUAUUUAUAACUAGAUAUAAAUUUACAAUUGUUUUUGAAAAUUCAAUUUGUAAAGAUUAUGUAUCUGAAAAGGUAUUGGAUGCAUUAAUUGCUGGAUCCGUACCAAUAUUUAUGGGUCAUCCAAGUACUAUCAAAUAUUUACCACUCAAUUCUUAUAUAUUUGUUGGUGAUUUUAAAAAUGCUGAACAUUUAGCAAAUCAUUUGAAAUUUUUAAGUGAAAAUGAUAAUGAAUAUUUUAAACUUCAUACAUGGAGAACAAAUCAAACUGUAAUCGAUCAAUGGAAAGGUGUAAAUAAUUAUCCAAAUAAACCUGGUUUUAGAUUCCGUGAAGUUCAAUGUCCAAUUCUAAGACAUUAUCAACGUUUAAAAACUGGUAAAAUACCAUUAAAAAAAUUAAAAUAUAAACCAAUGAAUCAAGUUUGUUUACCUUCAAACUAUUAUAAAAUUAAAUAA